UUUGUUUUUUUGUCAAUGCGACGCUGCGGAUUGUGUUGAUGUGAGCCAUACUUUUGCCGGCUGGCCCAUCGCCGGUGUGUCUGGAUCGGCAAAUUCUUCGGGGACAAAAUGUGUGUUUCGGGAAAUAAAAUUGACCCUGCUUUUUUAUAUUUACCUUCAGAUCAUCCAAAUAUGAACACGACAAUCAUAGCAGCGGCGACACGCAUAGCCAGCAGAAUGCAUUUGCCAAACCGGUUUCCGCUUGCGCCGAUCAAAACGCCAAGGUCUCCAGGCCACCACCAACAGGAACGCCUUUCCCACACGCACUCGCGCAAGGAUCUCGCUAGCGCCGGCAAAGCAGACCACCGACAAGAGCCCCCAGCUGUUCGGGGCCCAGCGUUUCCCUAUUUCAGCCAGCGCGAUGCAAAGUUUCUGUUUACUGCGACCAAGCCUGAGCAGUACAAACGCCUGAGCAAUCCCGAGUUUACGUUUGCUGGCCGGUCAAAUGUGGGCAAAUCAUCUCUGAUCAGCGCCGUGCUGCGAUCCCAGAGUCUGGUCAAGACAUCGAAGAAGCCAGGGCACACGUCCACUUUGAACUUUUUUGGCCUGACCUCGAGCACGUACCCUGAGAGUGCCAUUACUGUUGUUGACAUGCCCGGCUACGGAUUCCGCAGCCGUGACGACUGGGGGCAGUUCAUCAUGGAGUAUCUGUCGACGCGCAAAGAGCUCAAGCGUGUGUUCCUCCUCGUCGAGGCCAAGGUUGGAGAGCUUAAGACCACUGAUUUGAGUUUUCUCGAGCUUGUCGAGCAGUAUAACGUGCCGACGCAGUUGCUGCUAACAAAAACUGACAAACUGAAACGCACUGAUUUGAAUAUAGUCAGCGGCAAGGUUCUCAGGGCCGCCAUGGAUGUCGCCCCGACAGCGGUUGUUCCGGAAGUCAUUUGCUGCAGCUACAAGACCAAGGUUGGUGUUGAUGCCAUCCAGGAGGCGAUAUUGAGAGCAAGUGGCGUAGCCAUCUAAUUUGAAACCUUAUAUAGAGCGCAUUCUUUUUUUU